CGGGGUGGGCGUACGCGAAGUCUGUUCCACCCACUGACCUCUACCUCCCUGGCCUGGUUCAUCGUAACGUAGACAUGGUAGAGUACUACUUUGUCUUUGAGUUAAUUUUAGAGAGCUCUAUCUGAGUCUGACUUCAUCCUUUCGGACAGUCUGAAAUAGAAUUACUUGGAGAUACACCUCGACCUACGGCUUUGUAUGAGGAUGGAAGAAACCAUAUAUGAUGUCUGCAUUAUAGGAGCUGGAAUGGUGGGGUCAGCUGCAGCCAAAUGGCUCUGUAAACUGCAACCGGAAACCAAAGUCUGUCUGAUUGGGCCUCAGGAACCAACAGAAGAGGAGUGGCAAUCAGGGAAGCGGGAGAUAUUUUCAUCCCACUACGAUGAGGGUCGAUUGACAAGGGAAUUGAAUGAGAGUCUGAUAUGGAGUCUCCUUGCUCGGAGAUCAAUACAGCGAUACAGACAGAUUGAGAAAGAAAGUGGCAUAAACUUCUACCAGGAAGUUGGCUGUUUAUAUGCCGAUUUGAAGAAUGGAGAGUCACUACAUCAAACAGUACAGAAUGCAGAAACGAUUGGAAAUGUUGCAUACAAAUCCUUAAAUGCUGCUGGUCUCAAAGCCCAGUUUCCCUAUCUGCAUGCAGAGGAAAGCUGGCAAAUGCUGUUCAACUUCAAAAAUGCGGGACAUGUCAGUGCCCGGAAUCUCGUCGCUGCUCAACAGAAAAUAGCUGCAUCUCAUGGGUGUGAUAUCAUCAAUGAUGUUGUGGUGAAAGUACAAGAGAAGGAGAAAUCAAGGGACAGUUUCAUCAACAUUGUCUGUCAAAGUGGGCGUAAAGUUGCUGCCAAACGUGUACUGCUCUGCACAGGUGCCUUCUCCAACAGCUACGACCUGCUACCCAGGGGCAAACAGAUCGAGUUCUACCCCAUAGAGGUCUCUGUAAUGAAAGCAGAGUUAAGUCAAGACGAUGCUCUGAAAAUGGCGGACAUGCCCGUGAUGAUGUCCAGAGUACCGGGAAAACAAUACUACAUUCUGCCUCCAAUCAAAUACCCUGAUGGAAAGUAUUAUAUCAAGAUCGGAGACUAUAACACCAGCAUCACCUUACUACGUACUCACCAAGAGAUAGCAGAAUGGUUCCGAUCUCAGGGGCGUUAUGAAGAUGACACCGAUGAAGCUGUAGAACUCUUAAAAUUCAUUGUUCAAGAUUUGAAUCCCAUCUCCGUGACCACUUCAUGCUGUGUAAGCUCUCACACACCGACCAAACUCCUGUAUUGUGAUAUGAUAACACCACGCCUUGGAGCUCUGAUGGGCAUGUCGGGUCAGGGGGCCAAAUCCAGCGAUGAGAUUGGUAGAAUGGGGGCAAAGAUGAUCGCCAGGGGGGCGUGGGAUUACGACCUCCCUGCAGAACUCUUUAGAUUACAGUACAAGAAAAUGGAGAAUGCCAAGCUAUGAUUAGGGAGCGAGCUUAAGGUAAAUCUGAAAUAUAAUGAACAUAUGGACUAUAAUGAACAUAUGGAAUGUAAUGAACAUAUGGAAUGUAAUGAACAAAUGAAAUAUAAUGGAACAUAUGAAAUAUAAUGAACAUAUGGAAUGGAAUAUAAUGAACAUCUGGAGUAUGAUGAACAUCUGAAAUACAGAGCAUAAAAUAAUCAAA